CCCUACCUCUUCUUCUUCAACAGGUGAAAGGCGAUACCACAUAUAAACCCUAAAUUAAUUCCACGCCCACACCGCCCCGCAAUCUCCGGCUGGCGAUCACCUACGGCCCUUAUUACUGUUUCAAUCAGAAACGCGACAUUAUUAUUAAAAGACCUGUUGAAGUGCUUACACACGAUAAAGAUUUAGUCUGAUUGUUGUGUAAGCGAUAAUGUACGAUGACGAAGAAUCGUCAUCCGGAAGCGAUUCUGAUACAGCGUUUAAAGAAGACUUGGAAGCCUUGAGAAGGGCCUGCUCUGUCACUGGUAUCGAUGCUUCUGUCGAUGAUCUCCCUAAAUCAUCCACCGCAGAUUUUAACGAUACCCAGGAGUCUGAGGAUGAAGACUUGGAGUUGUUGCGUAGUAUUCAGCAACGGUUUUCUCUUCCCACUAAUAUUGAUGACAUCGGCACCAAAUAUCAACCUUUAAAUACCAUUCUACCUUCGGAUGAUAAUGAUGAUUACGAUAAUGAUUUUGAAACUCUCUGUGCCAUACGAAGACGGUUCUCUCAAUACAACGAUAGCAUGAACACUAGUGUGGAAAGUUCUUUACAGAGAUCAGAGCAGGUUGGUGCAUCUAAUAACAUAGACUUGGGAAAGGAAUCUUCCCCUAAUUUUUUGUCAAAGAGAAAUAAUAAUGGACAAGGAUUUGCUGUAGAUGGAAGAGCCAGCGAUCAGAAUUUGAAUUUUUCCAGUAACAUUACCCCUGACAUUCACUAUGCAAAUCUCAGUGAAGGUCAUGAACCUGGUUUUGAACUUGUUGCAACCACGGGUGGUGGUUUUCCAAGAUCUGCACAGGCGUUUGUUGAAGCCAUUAAGAAGAACAGGACAUGUCAGAAGUUUAUACGGAAUAAAGUAAUUCAGAUCGAAGCCAGGAUGGAAGAAAAUAGGAAAUUGAGGGAACGUGUUAAAAUCCUGAAAGACUUUCAGGUGGCUUGUAGGAAACGAACGGGACGUGCAUUAUCUCAGAAAAAGGAUGCACGCAUACAGCUUAUUUCUAUUCCAAAGCAGAGAGCCAACACAUCUAAGUCGAAGGAUAAGCACUUGCAUCCAAUUUCUCAUGGUCCUGCUGAAAAUUCCCAAGUUGCAAAUUAUAGAGAUGCAAUGUCAAAAUAUCCUUUCUCUUUGAGUAGGGAAUCUUGGUCAAAAGAGGAGACAGAGAAUCUUGUGAAGGGAAUUAAACAGCAAUUCCAGGAAAUGUUAAUGCAAAAUCUUUUCAGUGCUGAAGGUACAGAUUCUAGCUAUCUGGAUAGCAUGAUUUCAAAAAUCAGAGAUCAUAAAAUAACAUCUGAGGAAAUCAGGUCAUUCCUUCCCAAGGUCAAUUGGGAACACCUAGCUUCCAUGUAUGUCAAAGGCCGGUCUGGCCUUGAAUGUCAAUCAAGAUGGAUGAACUGUGAGGAUCCUUUGAUUAAUCAUCAGUCAUGGACUACACAAGAAGAUAAAAAGCUAUUAUAUAUUAUUCAGAAGCAGGGGUUUAGUAAUUGGAUUAAUGUUGCUAAGGAACUGAAAACAAAUAGGACGCCUUUUCAAUGUUUGUCACGUUUUCAAAGGAGUCUUAACGCAUCUAUUAUAAAGAAUGAAUGGACUCCUUCUGAUGAUAAAGAACUUCGUCUAGCUGUAGCAGAGUAUGGUGAAACUAACUGGCAGCUUGUUGCGUCUACACUUGAAGGACGGACUGGUACACAGUGCUCAAAUAGAUGGAAGAAGUCUUUGAACCCACUCAGGGAAAAAGUUGGGAAAUGGGAUCCGGAUGAGGAUAAACGUCUCAAAAUAGCUGUUCGGCUUUUUGGCGCCAAAAACUGGAAUAAAAUAGCUAAAUUUGUUCCUGGGAGGACGCAAGUGCAAUGCCGAGAAAGAUGGGUUAAUUGCUUGAAUCCAUCACUUAAUAUGAAUGAGUGGACUGAAGAAGAAGAUUUGAAAUUGAAACAAGCAAUUGAGGAUCAUGGAUAUUGCUGGUCUCGAAUAGCUGCAUGUAUUCCUCCUCGCACCGAUAGUCAAUGUCUCAGGAGAUGGAAAGUGCUACUUCCACAUGAAGUUCCUAUACAGCAAAGAGUGAGAAAAAUGAAAAAGGCUGCUUUGGUAUCCAAUUUCGUAGAUCGGGAGAAGGAGCGUCCAGAUUUGACUGUCAAGGAUUUUAUCACACAUCCCUUAAUUGAGUCGCCCAUAACCAGUGAAGGUCAUAUGAACUCCAAGAAAAGAAAGCGAAGGGUGCGGCCGGAGCAAUGUGAAGAUGACUCUUCAUUCGGACCUGUUGUUAAAAUCAGAUCUAGGAGGGCUAAAAAGGUUACUCAUAGUGAAGAUUUAUACAAAUUAAUUGAUGAAGAUGGUGACGACAAUGAUGAUCAUGUUGUAAUUACAACCAAUGGCGACAGACAAACAGCAUUGGAUGAGGAAAAUUCUGUUAUUAGAAAGGCGAGCACUGGGAAAGAUAGAUCUGUUGUUAAAAGGAGAUCUAGGAAGGCUAGAAAGGUAACUUGGAAUGAAAAAGUACACGAAGUAAGAGAUAAAGAUGAUAUAGAAGACGAUGCUUGUCAUGUGGAGUUCACAACUAAUGGUGAAAGACUGACAGCAUUUGAUGGAAAAAAUGCUACCGUUAGAAAGAAAGCCUCUGUGAAGGAAAGAAACGUAUUUAAAAUUAGAUCUAGGAGGGCAAGACAUGUUACUUAUACUGAAAAAGCAUUGAAGUUAAUGGAUGAAGAUGAUAUAGAGAGUAAUGAUGGUCAUCCUGAAAUUACAGAAAAUGGUGAAGGAUGCAGAUUAUUUGAUGGGGACAAUUCUGAGAUUGAAAAGAAAGCCACUGGGAAGCGAAUACGGAAGCGAAGAAGUAAGGCUGAAGGAGAGGAAGUGAAUGUAAUCGUGGAAGCUAACCCUAUUUCAAAGAAAAUGAGCAUGAGACCAUGUGGGAUGGCAUUUUAUGAUGUUGCAGAACCUAAUAUCCAGGUUGGCGAGCUCAGUGUUUCAAAUGAAGAUGAGGCUAUCUUGACCAGCAAAAGAAGCAUAGUGGACCCAACAGAUAAUCCAUGUUCUUCUGCGGAUAUAAUUGUGAUCACAGGUGAGGAUGAAACACAUAAGAUAUGUAACGUGCAGCCCAAAUACCCAAAUAGAAACCAUACUGAAACUGAUCAUGUUAAGAAUGAAGAAGAGGAUUAUGGUUAUCAACAGACCCUCGCUAGCUUUUUGAGCAAUGUAAAAAAGAAGAGGCGGCUUAAAUGCAACAAGGAAUGAAAACAUAGGAUAGUUUUUUGUUGAUUAUAAUGUUAUGUUUCACGUAAAGUACAUAAACCGGGUUGGAUUGUUAAGUACCAAAGAAGAGAAGAGGUUUGGUGUUUGUUACAAAUGCCAUGAAAGUUUUGAUGAUUUUUUGUGAAACAUUAUUUUGUACUUGUUACUAUAUGUAAUGUAUUUGUAAAUUUUAAAUACAAGUUAAAAUUUUCCCUUA